AGCAGAUUUUUGUAGAGAGUCAGACUAAAUGGCAAAAAUUAAAAAUUUCCUUUCGACUGUUUUUCAAUAAAUUUUUAUUCAAGAUUGUUUCCUGAAUAAAAUCUUUGUUUUAUGUUAUUUUUGCUUAUUGAAAUUGAGAUUUGCUAUUAAUUAAAUUAUUACCAUUCGGCAUUUAUUUAACACACGAUUAUCGCCGGUGUUUUUUCGCGUUCCUCAAAUUCGUCCGUCGUUGUUUCAACAAAAAGAAGGAAAGAAAAAUAAAAUGCUUCGGCGAUAACUCAACUCUGACGAGAAGACUCGGGAGUCUUGUGGCACUUUCCUUUAUGAGUUACGUACAUCUAUAAAAGCAGAUUUACAUAAGUUUACAAAAAUUUAAAAAAAGGAGCUUUGCAAACACCAUACAUAAACUUAAUAUACAGCCUUACAAAAAUAACAACAAUGUCCAGCGAAGAAGACAAACCUCCUGCACCACCAGUGCGAUUAACAAGCAAUAGAGGUGGUGACAGAGGCGGAGGUGAUGGUCCACCAGUAGAUAUGCGGCCCUUGCCUAAAGUUUCAUUUUCUUUUCCAGAACCUGAUGAUCCUGAUCGCAAGAAGAAAACACUCAAAAGCAAGAUCAAAGGAUCCAAACCAUCACACACAGACUCAAAACCGAAUAUAUCAUAUCCGACAAAUUUUGAGCACACUGUACAUGUAGGAUUCGAUGCAGUUACCGGCGAAUUUACGGGUAUGCCAGAAGCAUGGGCUCGUUUACUGAUGCAUUCAAACAUCAGUAAGCAGGAGCAAAAGAAAAAUCCUCAAGCUGUAUUGGAUGUUUUGAAAUGGUUUGACAAUACUAGCAAACAAAGGCAAAGUUCCAAAUAUAUGAUUGACCCAACAACAACUCAUUCAGGUUCAUCAUUGAGUCGUGUCAGUAGCAGCAGUCCAAGCAGUACACCUACUGACUCAGAAAUUCAUGGCUCGAAUAGUGGCGGCCUAAUUGGUGUGGCGAACCUCAAUAUAGGUGGUGUAAGUGGAGGCACCCAUACGGUUCCUCUAAGUCAAUCACAUUCGUACAAUGCAUUUGCAACAUCGUCUCAUAGUUCCACCAAUGAAGAUGAUAUUGCGUUGCCAGCACCGCCACCACCUAUCGCUAGCCGACCAGAACGAACAAAAUCUAUUUAUACGAGGCCUAUCGAAGAUGGAGCGCUUCCAACUACACCAGUACACCAUAACAUGAGCGCUCAACCCCAGUCGAUAGCAACUGUUACGAAUGCAGUCCAACAACAACAACAGCAGCAGCAACAACCGCUCCCGGUGGUACCCAUACAUCAUCACCAGCCACCAACAAACGUAACGACGACGGCCACACCGAUGACACAACACAAUGCAGCCACAAUCAAGAGUCCUGCAAGCACUCUUGAUAAAAAUAAGAAUAACGCAAAUGCGUUCUCAUCUGCAAAUGAUUCUGCCACUAUGAAUCAUACCCAACCCGCAGCUACUACCACGACCACUACUAAUGCCAAUGUGUCCGCUCCUCAGCAUCAACAACGUUCCACGACAGCUAAGAAAAAGAAAAUGUCCGAUGAGGAGAUUCUGGAAAAAUUGCGUACAAUUGUCAGCGUAGGUGAUCCCAAUCGCAAAUAUACCAAAAUGGAAAAAAUAGGUCAAGGCGCUUCAGGAACCGUUUACACGGCAAUUGAAUCUUCAACCGGCAUGGAAGUGGCCAUCAAACAGAUGAACUUAAGCCAACAACCAAAGAAGGAGCUAAUCAUCAAUGAGAUUCUGGUGAUGCGAGAAAACAAGCAUCCGAACGUUGUGAACUAUCUUGAUAGUUACCUCGUUUCGGAGGAGCUUUGGGUGGUGAUGGAGUACCUACCGGGCGGCUCGCUGACCGACGUUGUCACUGAAACGUGCAUGGACGAAGGUCAGAUUGCAGCUGUUUGUCGUGAGGUACUGCAGGCUCUUGAGUUUUUACACAGCAACCAGGUGAUACAUAGGGAUAUUAAGAGUGAUAAUAUACUGCUAGGACUCGAUGGCAGUGUCAAACUUACCGAUUUUGGUUUUUGUGCACAAAUAUCUCCAGAACAAUCAAAACGCACAACAAUGGUAGGCACGCCUUAUUGGAUGGCACCAGAAGUCGUGACGAGAAAACAAUAUGGACCAAAAGUUGAUUUGUGGUCGCUUGGUAUUAUGGCAAUCGAAAUGGUCGAGGGUGAACCGCCUUACUUAAAUGAGAACCCACUAAAAGCAUUGUACCUUAUUGCCACAAAUGGUAAACCAGAAAUCAAAGAAAAAGAUAAACUUUCGCCAGUAUUUCAAGAUUUUCUCGAUCAAUGUCUAGAAGUUGAAGUAGAUCGACGUUCCAGUGCGUUGGAUUUAUUAAAGCAUCCUUUCCUUAAACUAGCUCGUCCACUAGCAAGCUUGACGCCUUUGAUUAUGGCUGCAAAAGAAGCAGCUAAAGGAAACUAGAAAUAAAGUUUCUUUCAAAGAAUAACCACAAAAGAACAACAUCAAUAGCAUAACGUAAAGUUUAUUAUUUUUAAUAUUUUUUUAUCAUUAUUUAAACAACACAAAAAAAAUACUUUUCUAUUAGCCAAAAACAAAAUGUUAUAUUAAAGAAAAUCAAACAACAAUUAAGACAACGCUGCAAAUGUUUGCUUAAAUAAUGAGAGUAAAGUACAUACCUACAUCCAAGAGGUUUUUUGCUUUAGGUACCUUUUUUUAAGUUCAACUUAAUUAAAAGGAAUUCUCCUAACCAUAAUUUACUAUAUUAUUUAUUUUUUCUCUUAAAACAGUUAAUAAAUUAGUUUUGCUGUUAUUUUAUUCGAUUGACGCAUUUAAAAUGCUUUUAAACCUUAACAUAAUAAUUUUCUUGUAUCGUUUCUGAUCCUUCUUUUUUUUAAAACGUAGACAACUUUGAGACUCAUAUAUAAUAUAACAACUAAAGAAAUAUUUAAGUUAGGUCAUAUCUAUUUAAAAUAAAACAAAACAAAAAUUAAGAGGAAACCCAAUAUUAACAGAAAAUUAAUAUUAUACGCAGAGGGGGUUCUCUUUACAUUAUUAAAUAAUUUCUUUGUAUUGAUUUAUAUUUGUACAAGCAUAAAAAGUUUCAUUACUUCAAAACAUUGAUUUUGAAAUUUUAAUUUUUGUUUGUUAAUUUUAUUAUAAUUAAUUCGAUUUUUAAAAAUAUUAUAGCUUAAAAAUACACACAUUUACUAUUCAUUUAAAAAGAACAACAUUUCAUUUAUGUAGUGCGUAUUCUAUUUGUAAACCAUUAACCUCUAAGAAAGGUAUAUUUUUAUAUAUAUUAUUUUCAAGAAGAAACAAAAAUAUAUUCAUUUUAUCUAUCGA